UUUCAAUAUAAAAUUAUUACAAUAUUAAAAAAUUGAUUUGUUAAUAAUGUACAAACACACACAUAUACACACACAGUAUACAUCUCAUUUUCAGAUUAAAGAGUAAAUAUAAAUUUACUCUCUAACUUUCUUUGUGACUCGUAUCACAGAUCAUUAUCUUUCCUUUUAUGCAUUUGCACGCCCUAAGCUUGAUUAACUAAUUCAUUAAAGGCAUUUAAUUUAUUAAAACCGCUUAUGAAGAGCAAUUAUCGUGUAAUUUAAUGUUGCAUGAGUAAUGCAUCAUUCUUCGUUCUACGUGAAGCACUAGGGAGAAUUGUCAAUUCGCGAGUGUUUUGCUUCAAGAAAGCUUUACUGUUUUCCUCCGAAAUAUUCUGUAUCUCGAAAAAAGUGUAAUCAAUACUCACUUGUGAAACGUGUCGAUUAACAACAAAAUACGAGACGAAAAUGGAGGAAAUCCAUAUGCAAAUAGAAGACGACUCAUCUUCGAUAGAGCACAUUUUACGUCCAAUAUCAUACAUCUCCUGGCUUUUAGGCGUCGGCGUUGCACGACCGCGGAACUGUUCCAAGGCUGUAACGAUAAUCAUACGUAUCGUUUACCUAGCCGUGUGUUUCGUUAACAUAGUGUACACUGUGAUAGAUCUCUCCAAUGUCGGUAGUGUCUUCGCUCUUGAAAGUGACAUAUUCGAGUUAAUAUACUUCACGAAUUUGGUGAUAAUUUACGUAGCGACAUUUUAUUAUAUUUAUCAUGGGAUUAGGCAGUACGACAAGUGGCCGGAGUUAAUGGACAGAAUAAAGGAUCUCGAUCAGGAGAUCAACAGGGAAACACUCAUGAAUGACAGACCAGUAAAGAAUGUGGAAGUGUUGGCAAUACUAACGAUAUUCGCUUGGUAUCCUUUGUUCCCGAUUGUGCAUGUCUUGUAUUAUUACUUUACAAAUCUAGAAAACAUUUUCAUGUCUGACUUGAUAUAUUAUCUCAUAACAGCGCGUUCUCUGAUUAAUAGCUUCGUGUUUGACAUUGUUGUUUAUGUGCUAUAUCACAGACUCCGAACGAUAAAUCAAUUGAUCGGCCAGUUGAAUAAAUUAUCCGAAGCGCCAUUGAUCGCGCUUAAGAUUAAACAGAUUAGAGAAUUGCAUAAUGGUAUUUGUGAUAUCGUCGUCAUGAUAAAUGAUAUUCACGGCCUUCAUCUCCUUCUGUGUUCGGUGAACUGCUUCACCGUAGUCGUGAGUACACUACUCACAGUCUACUUGGGUAUCGUGGAAAAGAAUUUCGCGUUUAUAUUAUUAAGUAAUUGUAAUUGGAUUAUGCAUACCAUGCAAUUUGGCCUGAUGUGUUGGAUUUGCACGCUCGCGCGUCAGGAGUCCGACAAGACUGGGAUAAAUAUAUAUGCAGUUGUACGGAAUUGCACAUCUGUGAAUCAUGAUAAAAUAAAUAGAGUAAAGAAUCAGUCGUAUCUAGAUAUGCCAACUGAAAACCCGGAUAGCGAGCAAGAUUCUAAAUGGAGUAGUAGUCACAAUCUGAAUUGCGUCGUUAUUGAAAAUCUCUUGCGCAAAAAUAUAGACCAAGACUGUAUUAGAAACGAGAUCAACGACUUUUCGAUUCAACUGCAACAGUAUCGAGUGACAUUUACGGCCUGUGGUUUCUUCGAAAUAAAUAAUGUUCUGUUUAGUGCCUGUGUGAAGUUAGCACCGCAUCUUUCAAAAUUGUAAGUUUUAUUAAGAGUACUAUUUGCACCCCAAAGAGUACUAGAGUUCCUGAUAGGUAUUAGCAAGAGUACCGCCGAAAUACUUAGAGAAAUUGCAAUUUGAAAAUAUGAGGUGCUAACUUCCCGUGGCACCGCAACAUGAAAAAUAUAUUGUUUUAAAGAUCCUAUCUUAAAGUACUCGAAAAGUACUACAGUUCCUGAUACAUUUUAACAA